AUGAUUCUCCACGUGGAGAAGACUAUGAUUCUCCACGUGGAGAAUGAAUCCAUUCUCCAACAUUUCCCCCUCUUGGCUGCUCAUGUGAUGUUGGACCCUCCGGCAACAGUGUGGGUCACCGCUCAUCCUACAGCGGGUUUGAUGUGGGAGUUCCUGCUCGACGAGGACUUCGAAGAGCGCACUACCAAAUAUCUGACUCGGCUUCGGGAGGAGCAAGCGGAGCGAGCUCAACGGCAUCAGGUGAUGGAGGCGGAAGGGCCAACCCAAGAAAUGGAUAUUGGGAGAGAAGAAGAAGUAGGAGAGGAAGAGGAUGAAGACGAAGAAGAAGAAGGAGAGGCUGAAGGUGAGGGCGAAGAUGGCAUCGUCAUCAUUUAUGGAGGUCCCCGCCAGGAGCUCGACAGGAUGGAGACUGGAGAAGAUUACGUCGUCAUCGUCUGGGAAGGUCCGUGUCGGGAAGUGCCCAUGGAGACCGACGAUGAUGACGUCGUCAUAAUUGAUGAAGUCCCGAGUCCUGAGGAGCAAAUGGAGAUUACGGAUGAUGAUGAUGAUGAUGAUGAUGACGAUAGUGGGUAUAGUGAUGAAAUCGUUCCUCCAGCGAGACUGCUCCAAGAGGAGCAGUACAAUGAACCCCAGCAACCUCAGCAUCUUCGGCACCAUCAACAGCCCCAGCAUCAACAGCCUCAGCACCAUCAACAGUCUCAGCAUCAUCAGGAGUCUCAGGAGUCCCAGCAGCCUUGGCACCAUCAACAGCCCCAGCAUCAACAGCCUCAGCACCAUCAACAGUCUCAGCAUCAUCAGGAGUCUCAGGAGUCCCAGCAGCCUUGGCACCAUCAACAGCCCCAGCAUCAACAGCCUCAGCACCAUCAACAGUCUCAGCAUCAUCAGGAGUCUCAGGAGUCCCAGCAGCCUUGGCACCAUCAACAGCCCCAGCAGGCUUGGCACUACCAACAGCCCCACCAUCAUCAGUACCCCCAGCAGCCUCAGCACCAUCAUCAGGAGGGAUAUCCAGGAUAUGUUGAGCUGAAAACUGGAGUUAACUUCCCAGAAACCUGGGCUCAGCAAACCUCCAGAGCUCGGUUGAAUGAGCUCAUCACGCGGAGGAUUGAGGAUGAGCAUAUGGGGAGGCCAGCCAGACCCAUCGAUCUGGCUCCACAAGGAUGGCUGCUCAUCCUCAACGGGGCCUACAUGUUGCUACCUCGAGAGAGCUGGGAGCUCCUGACGGGGAUUAGCCCUGAGGAUUGUAAUGGAGUUGGUGCCAUUGAUGUACCAUUAAUCCAAUGGUAG